UCCGAGCCCCCACAGGCCCGGAGACUGGGGACCGAGCAUUCGGGCGCUAAAAAGCCCCGAGACGGGCCAUCCCCCCACCAGUAUACCGUCCACGAUCAGGGUGAACCGGAGGACAUCCGAGGAUGGAAGCGCCGCAGAUUCUAUAAAAAGAUGAUAAAAAGAUGGAGGAACUGUGAUAUGAUAUCAGCAUCAACUUAGCCAAGAUCAUUCGUUCACUCACCAUGCCGCCCCCCGUCCAAGCCGCCUACAAACGCAUCAAAGCCCCCAAAGAGGGCGAGAACGGCUACGCCGGCUUCCAACCCGGCAAAACAGAAGUCUUGCCUGCAGGUUGGAACGGAUUCAACGCAAAGCCUUUGACAAGCUCCAUUCGGAUCGACCACGAUGUCGAGAUUGUUGUACGCGACGGCUCUAGACUGUACGCUGAUGUAUACAGGCCUGCGGAGACGAACGAGAAAGUUCCCGCCAUCCUAAGCUGGUCGUUCUAUGGGAAGAAGUAUUCCGCACUGGAUAUGCUUCCCAUGUGCGUGUGGAACUGCUGCGUGCCGCGCUCAGACCUGAGCGGGCUAGAGAAGUUCGAAGGGCUUGAUCCCGCGACGUGGUGUCCCAAAGGUUAUGCAAUCAUCAGCGUGGACACACGCGGAGCGGGAAACAGUGACGGCCUGAUUGGUGUUAUGGGGCAACAGGAUGCGGAGGACGGGUACGAUGUUGUCGAGGCCAUCGCCUCCAUGGACUGGUGCAAUGGAUGCAUUGGGAUGGCUGGAAACUCGGCACUGGCAAUCUCUCAGUGGUUCGUUGCUUCGCAGCAACCACCGUCAUUAAAGGCCAUUGCACCAUGGGAGGGAUCGGGUGACAUCUACCGCGAGCAGUUUUGUCGUGGUGGCUGGUUCUCCAUGUCAAACUUCGACUUAAUUACUAACGAGAUCGUGCGCGGGCCCGCGAGCUCUGGAAUUGAGGAUAUGGAAGAGAUGUAUCGUCGGUCACCGGUCUCGAGCCCAUUCUGGGAGGAUAAGCGAGCGGACUUGACCAAGGUAAAGUGUCCAGUUUUUAUCAGAGGCAGUGAUGUCAGUUCGAUCCAUACAAUGGGGUCGGUCCGUGGCUGGCUCGAGGUGCCUCAUGACAAGAAAUGGAUUCAAUGGGGUAGCAAGCAGGAGUGGUACGAGCUGUAUAGCUGUCCCGAGUCGCUGGACGAGCUGUUCCUGUUCUUCGAUCGGUACCUCAGAGGGGUCGAAAACAACUGGGAGAGCACACCCAAGGUGCGCUGGUCUGCGCUACAGUUCGGCGAUCGUGAGGCGAUUGAUGAUAUCGUCCUCGAGGACUUCCCGGUUCCAAACACGCAAUACCGGGAGUUCUUCCUGUCAUCUGGGAAGCUGAACACAGGUCCUGUCUCAACAUAUGAGAAGAUCUCGUAUGACUCCGAGGCAGCGUCCAGCUUCGCUGAAUUCUCAUACACCUUCGACAAGCCAGCUCGACUGAUCGGCCUGCCAAAGGCUGUGCUCUACAUGUCCUGUGACGACCGCGACGACUUCACAGCGUUUGUUAUCAUUCGCAAGAAGGAUAAGAACGGCAAGCCAUUGAUGCACCUAAACUUCCCAUUCCAUGCGACACCGGUUAAAUCCAUCGACGAGAUCCCACAGAAAGAGCAAGCGAGUUUGAACCUCCAUCUGGGCUCCACUGGUAUCUUGAGAGCAUCACAUCGCGCAAUCGAUCCGGAGAAGAGCAUCCAUUCGCAGUUCCCCUUCCAUCCUCACAAGUCCCAGGAGAAGGUUCGUCCGGGUGAGAUUGUGAAGCUCGAAAUCGGCAUCUGGGCGAUGGGGGUCGAUUUUGAUGCAGGGGAGACAAUUAGCGUCCGGGUAUCCGGUCAAUAUCCGAGCAUCGCCGAGUACAAGACUUGGUCAAAGCCUCGCCCAGAACACGAGCUGAACCGUGGCAAACACUUUAUUCACUGCGGUGGGGAAUAUCCCAGUACUGUUAUUUUGCCGUUCAUAUAG